GGAAAUAAAAGAGAUGAUGCAUGUCAAAUUGUUUUUACUUCUCUUCUUUCUCGGUUUGUUCUUUCAAAAUAUGAAAUUUCUAUAUUUUCAGUACUUCCUUUGCCUUUACCUUAUAUGGCCGGUGGCACAGACAGUCUUAAUCCAUUCCCCAAUUGUUUGACUGCGUUGUUAUUGUUACCUGCGACUACGAGGAUACAUUAUUUUAUUUUUUCUUACUUUAUGAAUGACACUCCUUUAUUGUUUUACCUUUACUUUUGUAUUAGUGCCAAAACUUUUUAUUCGAUAUGAUUCAUUGUUUCUGGAUUUUAUCAAACAUAUAACUGCCUUUGAGGGAAUAACUUGCAUUCACACAUCGGCGUGACGAAUCAGCUAAUUGUAUUUGUUCUUUACGUAAUCCAUUGAUGAUACGGUUCUGAUUUGAUCAAGAACUAUCAGAGUUUUUUUCAUCAGAAUGAUACCCGUUGAUAACGGGAUUCUGAAUCCCAAAGAUGAAAUUGAGGAAUGUAGUGGCAGUAAAGUGAAGGACUGUGUUUCUAUAGAUAUUUCAACAACUCAAGAAACAUUUCUGAGCAGUGAAGAUUCCCAGAGAAAGCUUCAAGGCACUUUAAGUUCUUCUGUUCCUAAAAGGACAAAUUUUCUUAAAUUUGGUUCGGCAUCUGCCAAAUUCAAGAGGCUUGCUAUUGAGAGAGACAAGAUUUCACUAUCUGUGCCUUCUCCUCGUUCAAAGGGCCUAAGAGCACGUUUCAGAGGAAUGCUUGCUCUGAAACUUGAUGGGGGUUCGGUGAAGAAGAUGUGCGUGGAGUGGAUUAGAAGUCCAGUGAACAUGGCCCUUUUUGUGUGGAUCACAUGUGUUGCUAUUUCUGGUGCAAUUCUGUUCCUGGUCAUGACAGGCAUGUUGAAUCGUGUGCUUCCGAGGAAGUCUCAGAGAAAUGCAUGGUUUGAAAUAAAUAACCAAAUACUCAAUGCAUUGUUUACACUCAUGUGCUUGUAUCAACACCCUAAGAGGUUCUACCACCUUAUUCUUCUGAUCAGAUGGAGACCAAAUGACAUCUCUAGACUUAGAUAUUUUUACUGCAAGAAUGGUACUUACAAGCCCCACGAGUGGACACAUAUGAUGGUAGUGGUUAUUCUCCUUCAUGUUAAUUGUUUUGCUCAAUAUGCACUUUGUGGUCUAAACUUGGGGUAUGAAAGGUCUGAGAGACCCGCCAUUGGAGUUGGAAUAUGUAUCUCUUUUGCAAUUGCUGCUCCUGCAGUUGCUGGUUUGUACACCAUUCUUAGUCCACUCGGGAAGGACUAUGACAGUGACACGGAUGAAGAAGUACAGGUUCAAAUUAGUGGCUCUCAGAGGCAACAGCAUCUGAGAGAGAAACCAUGUGAGAAGAAAUAUUCAUUUGCAUGCAAAGAUCAACAAAGGGUUGUUGAAAAUAGACCAGAGUGGAGUGGAGGAAUACUUGACAUAUGGAACGAUAUUUCCUUAGCAUAUCUCUCACUUUUCUGCACCUUUUGUGUCUUUGGGUGGAAUAUGGAGAGACAUGGCUUUGGAAACAUGUAUGUCCAUAUUGCCACUUUUAUGCUAUUUUGCAUGGCACCUUUCUGGAUUUUCAUUUUGGCUUCUGUUAACAUAGAUGAUGACAGUGUUAGGCAGGGUCUGGGAGGUGUUGGAAUCGUUCUUUGUUUUCUUGGUUUACUAUAUGGUGGAUUUUGGAGGAUCCAAAUGAGAAAGAGGUUCAACUUACCUGCCUAUGACUUCUGUUUUGGCAAACCUUCGGCUUCUGAUUGCACACUUUGGCUAUGCUGUUCUUGGUGCUCUCUUGCUCAAGAAGCAAGAACAGGAAAUAACUACGAUCUUGUAAUCGACAAGUCCUAUGGUAAACAAAAUGAUGAAACUUGCAACGAACCUUCGAUCUCAGCUUUGGCUAGGGAAGAUGUAGUAUCAACCAAAUCUGGCACAAGUUCUGUGGGUGGCAACUCUUCACCUUGUAUGAUGAAAACCAAUGUCUUAAAUUAGUUUAAUUCAGAUUAAUCAGUAGUGAAAAACUAAUAUCUUGUCACCAGAACUAAUGAUAUGAGCUUGUCACCAAAAUAUCUUGCUAAUAGAAAAGCUAAAUUAGUUUAAUUCAGAUUAAUCAGUACUAAAAAACAUAGAUUUCAACUCUGUCUUAUCAUCUUUUAUGCAUAAAUCAGCAUGGCCGUGAUUGAUUUCAUGGACAUUGAUACUCGACACUGAGAUGUAUGAGCUGGAAUGCAUUUUUU